AUGGAGGGCAGCAAACCCCUAAAGGUCCGGUUGACGUUCUCCGUGAUCUUGGUGGGCGUCUCGCUCCUCUUCGCAGCCGUAGUGACUGACCACUGGGCCGUGCUGAGCCCCAGAGUGGAGAAAUACAACAGCACCUGCGAAGCAGCUCACUUCGGGCUAUGGCGACUCUGUACGAAACGGAUUUUCAUGCUGGAGCAAGGUCCCAAAGAGAAGAGCUGUGGGCCGAUAAGCCUGCCAGGAGAACGCAACUGCUCCUACUUCAAGCACUUCACACCAGGACAGAGCUCGGAGAUAUUUGAAGUAACCACUCAGAAAGAAUACAGUAUCUCGGCUGCAGCCAUUGCCAUCUUCAGCGUUGGCUUUGCAAUCAUCGGAACAAUCUGCGUCCUCUUAUCCUUCAGGAAGAAGAGGGACUAUCUGCUGAAGCCAGCGUCUAUGUUCUACACCUUCGCAGGUCUCUGCAUCAUCAUCUCUGUCGAAGUCAUGAGACAAUCUGUGAAGAGGAUGAUCGACAGUGAGGACACAGUCUGGAUUGAGUACAGCUACUCCUGGUCCUUCGCCUGUGCCUGCGCCUCCUUCGUCCUGCUCUUCAUCUGCGGCAUCACCCUCCUCCUGAUCGCACUGCCUCGCUUCCCCCAGAACCCCUGGGAGACCUGCAUGGAUGCAGAGCCAGAGCACUGAUGUUCCCAGCACCCAUCAAAAAAGCCACAAGUGCUUCGAAAAGAUUUGCAUUUUGUAAAAUGUCUGGGUCUCCCUAUGCAAGGUGCACUCCAUUCACUAAGUCUUUACUGAACCGAGGCAUGUUCGAUU